AUGAGUAAAACGUGCUUCACGUCAUCAAAAUUUUCGCCAUUAUCAACUACUUUACAUACAAGAUUGGUGAGAUUAUGUGCAAUAUGGUACGUCUUGAUUUCAUUCUACUUCACUGACGUUGGCAGUCACCCUCUGUCUGAAAGACAACACCUCAACUUCAAAUGGAAUGGUUUCACGUUUGUUGACAAAGAUUUAGCCAAGUCAAUAAUUUGUUCCCCUCAAGCCAAUCAAGAUAUCUGUUCACGGUUAGAGAAGUUAUUGGAUAUCUCCAAAUUUCUGAGCAUGGAAGCACUAUCUGAGUUUUUCUGUUAUGCGAAUCCUUGUGUACAAAUCCCGUCGCCAUCAAGUACUGCAUUAAACCUGCCACCUAAAGAGAAACGAAGUUUAUGCAAUAUCGAUGGAUGUUACAGCGAUGACUAUCAGGGAACGAAAGGUCUCACGGCGUAA